AUGUGGACUACCUGUAACGUGAAGGUUCGCGAUUGCUUGGCUUCCACUUCCGUCAUUCUGAAACGGUGUCUGAAAUUGGGGGCGACCAUGGCAAAGAGCAAGUUCGAGUACGUGCGGGACUUCGAGGCUGACGACACCUGCCUGCCCCAGUGCUGGGUGGUAGUGCGGCUGGACGGCAGGAAUUUCCAUCGGUUUUCUGAGAAGCACAGCUUUGCAAAACCUAAUGACAUCCGUGCUCUCCACUUAAUGACCAAAUGUGCCCAGACUGUAAUGGAAGAACUGGAGGAUAUUUUGAUUGCAUAUGGACAGAGUGAUGAAUACAGCUUUGUGUUCAAGCGUAAAAGCAAUUGGUUUAAGAGAAGAGCCAGUAAGUUCAUGACUCAUGUGGCCUCCCAGUUCGCCUCCAGCUACGUGUUUUAUUGGCGGGAUUACUUUGAAGAUCAGCCCCUUCUGUAUCCCCCAGGCUUUGAUGGAAGAGUUGUGGUGUAUCCUAACAACCAGACCUUAAAGGACUACCUCAGUUGGCGGCAAGCAGAUUGUCAUAUCAAUAAUCUUUAUAACACAGUUUUCUGGGCACUUGUACAGCAGUCUGGACUAACACCAGCACAAGCUCAAGAGAGAUUACAGGGGACUCUUGCAGCAGACAAGAAUGAGAUUUUGUUUUCUGAAUUCAACAUCAACUACAAUAGUGAGCCGCUGAUGUACAGGAAAGGGACCGUGUUGAUAUGGCAAAAGGUGGAUGAAGUCACGACAAAAGAAGUUAAACUGCCAGCAGAAAUGGAAGGGAAAAAGAUGGCAGUGACCCGAACCAGGACUAAGCCCGUGCCCUUGCACUGUGAUAUCAUCGGGGAUGCUUUCUGGAAGGAACACUCAGAGAUCCUAGAUGAAGACAGCUGA